GCAACACCGCACUCGAAGCUCUUCAAGACCUGCAAGUGGUCAAAAGGGGGGUCGAGGUCCCCGACAGUCUUGGGACUUUUCGAUUUAACCAUUCCCCCGAAUGACAUCGACUUGCUAGUUCCCAGGUAUCGACCUUCCUAAUAGGGCUGUGGUUAGGAAAUUUCAGUCGAUAAAUGCUUGGCGAGAUGGUCUGGAUCCGCGGUUCCAACCCCACCCUUUGCCCAGACCCCUUUCUUUUAGGGCCCAAGAUCCCCAUUACGCUGUUCUUUAGCUCUCAAUCUGAGCUAGAGCAUCUUGAUCACUAAUCAAGCACCGUCUCGGAGAGUUGCCUGCAAUCAAUGUCCUGAUUUGCAAUUAGUAUGAAGAGCUUUCCCGGCGUAGCUCUUCUAGUCGGACUGCCUCUUUGUCUAGUUCAGGCAGCACCGGAAUCCACCCCUCUCUCGUUCGAACCCGGUGUGGACUGGUACGGCAAUGAUGGAACUUGGAGCGCCGUGAACGUCUGGGUCGGUACAGACCUCACAACAGUAUCCUUGUUUCCAAGUACUGUAGACAGGAAUACGUGGCUUAUCGGAGGAAAGGGUUGCGAAAACUCUUCAUUAUCGGAUUGUUCGAAAAAACGAGGCGGGCUCUUUCGCACCAAUGAAUCCUCGACAUGGUUCAGUCAAGGUCAACGCCCUAGCUCGAGGGAUUCUUCCAUCCAAGCAAACUACGGCACAGAUACGAUAGUCGCAUAUUUUACAGAGAUAUACGAGAACCAACUUGCCGUUGUUAAUGAUACGGAUACGUGGAUCGGAUUGCUCGGACUCGCCGUAGGCUCAAGUGACCAUGCUGACCUCUCCACCUUCUCCUUGAUGGAACAGGCGUAUCUCAACACCAGUAUUUCUCCCAGUGGGACCUAUGGUUACACUGCUGGCGCCCACUAUCGAUUGAAAGGCGUUCCGGCAUCUCUUACGAUUGGGGGUGUAGAUCAGGAGCGAUAUAGUGCGAACAAUGCGACGUUUCAUCUGACCAGGAGCUUGACUCCUGUUGUCUCACUGAAUACCAUCUCAAUCUCGUCCGGAACAGAAGGUGAUGACAAGGGCACUCUUACAAACCACCAAAUCACACCUUCCCAACCGGGGGGCAAUGCUCUGUACACCCUCGACUCCUCGACCAGCUAUAUAUGGCUGCCGGGAAACGCCUUUGAUGCCUUUGGUCAGGCUUUCAAUCUUACCUAUGAUGAUGAUCUAGGCUUUUAUACGUAUGGAAACGAUACAUCACUUCGACAGCGUCUUCUAUCCAUGGACUUGUCAAUCACAUUCUCAAUCUCCGACUUCCCCGAUGCCUCCCAAAGUGUGAAUAUAACCCUCCCCUUCCAAGCCUUCGACCAUUCCCUCACCUAUCCAUUCCCAAAUCUGCCAUCCAAAUAUUCCAAGUCUUCACUCCCCUAUAUCCCCAUCAAGAGGACGUCCACAAACGAAAAACAACGAAUCGGCCGAGUCUUCUUCCAAGAAGCGUACCUAGCAGUCGACUACGAGAAGAAGCAGUUCUCUCUCUACCAAGCCAAAUUUGACGAGAAUCUUCUUUCCGAUGACAGCAAGGAUAUUGUCCGCAUUGACUCCUACCUUGACAAGUCAUUUGACGAACUGUUUGGGAAAAAGGGGCUCUCGACGGCAGCCAAAGUGGGAAUUGGGGUGGGUACGGCAGUUGGGGCCAUCCUAGUCAUCGGGGCCGGGGUAUUCGUAUUUUUACGAAAGCGUCGGUCGGUAAGCGAAAAAAAGAGUACUAGAUUAGAGGAUACUGCAAGUAGCUUCGGUUCUCCGUCUCAUGGGCCAGGCGAGCUCUAUGGCGAUGGUGAACAUCGGUAUGAAAUGGCGUCGGAUACCUCUCAUGCUGUGUUUGAGCUGCCGGGAUCUGGGCCGGCUGAGCUGGAUGCUGGACCGUCUUUUAUAAGUUACGCGGAUUAUGUGGCUGGAAGGGAUGAGAAAAGGCACUCUUCACGGCAUUCUGAAACUCGGUCGAGUAUUGCUGUUUCGUUAUCUUCGAAGGUUACGGAGAGUUCAGAUGAAGAAGAUGGCCCGGCGCCAAAGAAGGGACAUACUGAUGGUCCUCCUAAAUAUACCCCAUAGAUAUAAACGAAACUAUAGAGCUUAAUAUGGAAAUGAUUUUGAAACGCCCA